CGGUCAUUGAGAGCCAUGGCAGCUGGCGAGAAGGAGGAACCUGUAUCGAAUGGAGGUGGCGGCUCGAGUCGACAGCAGGGGAGCUUGCAGCCGGACGCCAAACCCUUCUUGCCGGGUGCUGCGCGCUUCAAGCUCACUGAAGACCAGAGCAGCUCAUCGAGGGCUGAGCCAAAACAAAGCUCGAACAAAGUCGCCGUAGCGGCCGCAUUGACUGGCACCGAGACGAUGGCUGAGCGUAUUCAACAUGCUCUGCUCAAUAACAUUUACGAAUGCUGCAUUUGCGUCGAGCCUAUUAGACGACAUGAAGCUGUCUAUGAAGACCAACACUGCUGGACAGUCUUCCACUUGAAAUGCAUCAUAAGCUGGGCAAAGCGUGCAUUGCAACCUACAGAAGGGCGCCCUCUGGAGACUUGGCGUUGCCCAGCGUGCCAAUCCCAGUCAGCAAUUCUACCGCGCGAAUAUCGAUGUUGGUGCGGCAAGCAUAUUCGACCCGAACCCAACAAGUUGGCGCCGCAUGCGUGUGGUCAGACAUGUGGCAAGCAGAGUUGUCCGCAUCCAUGUCCGUUGCCAUGUCAUCCUGGGCCAUGUCCGCCUUGCCAGCAAAUGGGAACGGCACAGCAAUGCUUCUGCGGCAAACAUGUUGUUCAGAAGCGAUGCAUUAAUACAGAUUACACUCUCGGCAGCUGGAGUUGCCAGGAGGUGUGUGGCGAGAUCAUGCCGUGCGAUGAACACCAUUGCGAACGUGCAUGUCAUCCAGGUCUAUGUGGAGCCUGUAAUGUGCCUUUGGAGCAGGCCUGCCGGUGUGGCAAACAUACCAAAGCAGUGCGGUGUAGCGACAUGGCGUCGGGUUCAGUCUGGACUUGCCAGGACUCCUGUGGCAUGCUGUUUGAGUGUGGCAUCCACCAGUGCGAAGAACAGUGUCAUGUUCACAACAACUCAGAGAUCUGCCCGCGAUCUCCAAAAUUUGUCAAAAGCUGCCCUUGUGGUCAGACGCCGCUCGACAGUCUACUAAAGCAGCCUCGAUCUGCGUGUACAGACAAUAUACCAACUUGUGGAAAGACCUGUAGCCGUCUGCUGACCUGUGGUCAUACAUGCACACGUCCUUGUCACACUGGCGCUUGUGGUGAAUGUCAGAUGGAGCUGCAUAUUCCCUGCGGAUGUGGGUCCACGCAAGUCAAAGCCUCCUGCCAGGACAUUCAGCUUGGUCUUCAACCUGCUUGUGACAAGGUUUGUCGCGCACAAAAGAACUGUUUGCGCCAUAUUUGCACACAGCGCUGCUGUACUGGCUACUCGGCUGCACAAAAGCGCAAGGCAAAGCGUUCUCGUCAACAAACACAAACACCAACAGACAUUGAACCAGAGCAUCUCUGUACAGAGCCAUGCAAUCGACCCUUGUCUUGCGGCAAUCACCAUUGUGCCGUACUUUGUCAUCGCGGACCCUGUCCACCAUGUCUGGAAGCCACAUUCGAGGAAAUAGCCUGCGCUUGCGGCGGGACUGUCCUUUCGCCACCUAUUGCAUGCGGUGCUCUUCUCCCAGUGUGUCUCCUACCUUGCACACGACCUACAGCUUGUGGUCAUCCACCAAUUCCUCACGACUGUCAUCAGGAUACCGUCUCGUGUCCGCGCUGCCCCUAUCUCGUAGAGCGGCUCUGUCUGUGUGGCAAAACACCCGUCAAGAAUCAGCCGUGUUGGCAAAAGAGUGUCUCUUGUGGUCAAUUAUGCGACAAAGUUCAAGCCUGUGGCCACGCUUGUAAAUUGCGAUGUCAUGCUGGCUCUUGUGAGGCUUGUACGCAGCCUUGUGGGAAGUUGAGGGCUUGUGGACAUGGCUGUGCUGCAACUUGCCAUUACCCAGAGAAAUGCCCAGAUGUUCCUUGUAAUGCUCGCGUUGAUGCAUCAUGCGCCUGCGGCAACAUCAAGCUUGCUGUAUGCUGCGGUACAUCAACGGCCUUAGAGUGCACCGACUUUUGCGCUGCUGUUGUGCGCAGCCAGAAACUUGCAGAAGCGCUUGGAGGUGGCAGCAGCAAGACUACUGCCACAAGCUUGAUUGAGUAUCCCACCGAUUUGGUGGAGUAUUACAAGGACAACAAGAUUUGGUGCACGACUAUUGAGUCUGCUAUGCGAGAAUUCUGCGUGGAGUCAGCGAAAGUGAAGCUCUUCAAGCCCAUGCGCACAGAACUUCGACAAUUUGUGCAUGAGCUAGCAGAAGUGUACGGAAUGCGCUCAGAAUCAUUGGAUGAAGGUCCACAUCGAGCUGUACAAAUCAGCAAGACGAGCGGCACGUUCAUGCCGAGAACCAGGCUUGCUCAUGCUGCACCGGUGACUGCCACAUCCAUUGAACAGCUCAGGCGGCCUGCUCAAGCUUACAAUGCCUUUGUCCUGUUAACUCUGCAAUUUGGCUUGACGACUGAUGCCUUGUCUGGAGCGCUGUCACUAGACAGCAAGCUGCGCUUUGAUGUGCAAUUCACUGCUGAUGGCGAGAAUGCGUACCUGCUGCCUACAGAUGCGUCGAAAGGAGGUAUGUCUACAGAUGAAGUGGAAGCAGAGCUCGUUCGCCUCAAGCCAAGAGUAAAGCAGCUAGUCACCAAGCAGGAGUUGGCGGGCUUGUGCGAGCUCUGCUGGCUCAACAAGGAUGGCAUUAUGAGUUAUCGGGAGGGGUCGCGGAAGAGGCCGUUGUUGAAGCCUAAGGAGGCGGUGACUGAGACACGAAAUGCGUUUGAGGCUUUGACUAUAGAAUAGAUCAAUUAGUAGCACGCUGCAUCAUUGCAUUAAUUUAUUGCAUAGGAAAUG